CAAUAAAUAGACUAGCGGCGCCACUUUCAUCUUUUCUUUCUAUGGUUACUUUCACCCCCUUAACUUCAUAGUUCCAAUUACGAAGGAAGAGAGAGGGGGGAAGGGAGAGGGAGAGGGAGAGGGAGAGGGAGAGGGAUGUAUGCAGAGCCCAACUUUCUGCUGCCCUUCUUAGAAGGGUUCUCGCUGAUGCCUUCGCCGCCUGCGCCAGUUGCUCAGCUACAGGAGCACCAGCUAAGUAUAUCGCUAACCGGCGAUCUACUGGGAGUUUCUACUCCAAUGUAGGGUUAGCAUGUGAUAAUUGGGACAAUGUUGAGGGCAGCCAUAAAUGGUGUUAGAGUGUGCUGUGAAGCUGGAUGGGUACUUUGGUUUGGCCGGUCCCAUGAAUCGGUCUUCUCAGUUUUUUUGCAAGGGAAAUUUAGUGCAGCCAUCCAACAUAUUUGAAUAUGAUCUUGGAGGUGAAGGAGAUUUGUUCAAAGCUCCUGAGCCAAUCUUGGAAGAAACGGUACUUGCUAUUGAUCCUAUGAGUGCUGCCAUGUCCAUAAUGUCUGGUGGAGAAGAUGUGAUCAAUGAUACAAUCAAGGUUGCAGACAUACAGACCAUCCAGAAUGAGAUCCAAAAUAGUCAUCUUUUGAUUGAUGUGUUCUAUGAGUGCAAGAAGGAACUCUUAGAAAAAUAUGCCAUUAAUGACUCUGUUGUUGAACCAGCUUCUCUUCAGAUUCCAGUGAUGCCAGCAGAGGAAACUCUUAGUCUGGAAAACAGUAGGAUAGUUUCAGAAGGACCUCUAAAUAAAAGUUUUAGUGCUGGGUCUCUAAACUUUCCAGACUGGAGUAAUGGUGGAGGAAAACCGAAUUUUCUUGAGUUCAAGGACUUGGAUUUUGAAGCUGCGUAUGGAAUGAGGAGGGCUUACAGUGAAGGUGACAUUCAGAAACUUGGAAAUUCUACUACAAGCUUUGGAGGCACAGUCGCUGUCCGUUCUUCCCUGGAACAGCUAGUAGCCAUGGGUGACUUUAAGUCGGAGGAUCGCAGGCAGAAACUCUCAAGAUACAUGAAGAAAAAAACAAGAAGAAAUUUUGGUAGGACAAUUAAGUAUGCGUGCAGGAAGGCAUUAGCGGACUGUCAGCCGCGGGUGCGCGGGAGAUUUGCAAGGACUGAAACAUAUGGGAUUUCUAAGCAGCAGAAAUGAAGAAGGUGGAUGCGAGCAGCCGAUAGAGAGGAUGAAAUUAGAAGGAGAAAGAACCUGGAGUUUCCUUUGAAGGAAUGCUCGCUGCUCAAGAAGACCAAGGUUGGUAGCUCUGGUUCUUUGCUGACUUAUUUUAUCUGUUUGUGUGUAAUAAAUCUCUCUAUUUAGAGUCCUGUUGUAAAAAUGUUCAAAUAAAAUGAGAUUUUCCAUCCAA